AAUUUAAUGAAAAUAUUUUUUAUUACUGAAAAAUGCUAGUGUGAUAAAUACAAUUGUGUGUUCUAUUGCUUGAGAGAAAGUGAAAGUGUUGAAUUGGAAUUCCCCCGUGCGCUUGCUGGUGCACGAACAGAAAGCAAACGCACAGGUUUCCGUGCGCUCGUGUGUGUGUUGUUAGCGGACCUCAGCGCGUACAGCCUUUCUCUAGGUGCAGUGUGGAAGUCACAAAAUCAUGAGCCUACACGUACCUGUCGCUGUUCCAAAGUGUCCACGCUGCAAGGGGUCAGAUAUCUCGAAGCUGGAUGGGCAGCGUGCCCUGUGCCGCCCGUGUUCCAGACUGAGGCGUGGUGUGUACUACUUCUGCUGGGCGUGUCGGAGGGAGUGGCCCACAGCGGCUAAGGCACAUGCUGCCUGCUCGCUGGCCCACUGCGCCCUCCGUGCUGCCCUGCUCUCCGACAAGCUCAUCGUGGACCCCAACAGCUCGGCCCUGGGCUGCCCCUUCUUCAGGGCCUGUCCCCAGUGCAAGGCCCUGCUCACGCAUGACGGGAAAGGAUGUCCCAACAUGGUCUGCCCUCAAUGUCACGCACAUUUCUGCUUCCGCUGCCUUCGACAAAGAUGCUAUGGCAUAGGAGUUUUUGCUCUCCAGCAAAUGCUGCAUGAGCACUGUCCUGAGACGUGUACCAUAGUGGAUAACAGCAGGAGUCUGGCAGCCCUUGGUUUGUAGGUGACGUGAGUUCCAGGAGCAGGGCUGUGAUGUAACACUGCUGCAGGGUAGAUCUUCUGGAGCAGGGUCAAGUACAGGAUCAGGAUCUGUAACAAAUAUCUAAAGACGUUUUGGUUCAAUGCAUGAAUUUGCUAAAAGUUUUAAGUAAAAUCCAAACUAAUUUCUCCUCUAUGUUUGUAUACUCAGAUGUUAUUGUGAAUAAAUAAAUACUGUAUAAUUAUAUUA